AUGAAAAAAGUAGAUUAGGAAUUGUUUAAAACAGUUGCUGCCAACAACAUCAUAUAUUUGAAUAUUGAUAAAGGUUUGGUCUAUAUCCCCAGUUAAUAAAUUGACCCUGAUGCUGGAAACAAUGGAGAGAUCUUUAAAGGCUAUAUCGCAUAUAACACAGACAAGCAACAAGAAUGCUGUGUGAAGAAGUUCCCAAUUCCAUCUUAUAACUAAUCACUAUUUGAUAACUUACAUUAAGAGUUAAUAUUUGGGAGAUAAUUGGUGCAUAAAAACAUAGUGAAAUUUUAUGAAUGUUCAUAUAGUAAUAACAAUUUUUAUAUGUUCAUGGAAUAUUGUAAUGGAGAAUCCCUAGCCAAAAAGAUGAGUUUAGGAUAUGAAGAUGACUUAAUGAGUACCAAAAUAUUCCCAGAAGAGUAAGCAUUAGAUGUAAUGCAAUAAAUAAUAGAUGCUCUAAUCUAUAUGAAAUAAUUAAGUUAUGAUGGAAAAUCAGGAGCAGUUCAUAGAGAUAUCAAACCAGAUAACAUAAUGUUCUCAGACGGUGUUCCAAAGUUAAUAGAUUUUGGAAUGGCUAGGUUUAUGGAUAGACCAACUAUUACACCCUACAAAGGUUCUCCAAUAUAUAUGUCGCCUCAAAAUUUAAAACAAGGUAGGUAUGAUUUAGAAAAAAAUGAUGUUUGGGGCGUAGGAAUGAUUCUUUAUUAAUUAGUUGAAGGAGUAUUUCCUUGGAAAACUGAAUUGAGUUCAAUAGAAGAUUUGAAAAAAGCACAAGAAUCGAUAAGGAAUAAUAUCAAAUUUUCUAAUAAGGUUUCGGAGGGGUUGUAAAAGUUAAUAAGACAUAUGUUGUAAUAUGAAGAAAAAGAUAGAUGUAAUUGGGAAUAAGUCAUAGAGUAUGAUCUAAUGAAACCUUACUUCUGUCAUUUAAAUCGUCCAGAAAUCAAUGAAUUGGAAAGGUUAGUCAAAAAUUACGAAUUAAUUUCUUAACUACAAGGUGAAUUAAAUCUUGAAUAAAUUAAUAAAUAUGUUUUGGAUUUAACUCUAACUAAAACCCAUCAAUUAAGGGAAUUCCUGCCGAUAAAUUCAUAAUUAGAUUAAAAAAUCAAUCAAUUAUACUUAUAAAGAAUACUUUAGAAAAGAAAGUUUCACAAAUUCAAAAGUGAAACAGCUUUAAAAAGAAAACUAUCAUAAAUAUUAGUGAAAUACUUAGAACAAAUGAUUGUUGAUACUAUAAAUGAAGCUUAGCUCAUGAGUUUAAAUUUUUUUUGCUAAAUUGUAAUUUCCUUAUACAAGAAAGACUUGGAAAUGACGGAUAAUUUAACAUUAGAAAGUUUGUUACAACUAGCAAGACUUUGA